AAUAAUUUUUCAUAUUAUUUCCGGCCAAUUUGGUUAUGGUAGAAGACUACAUACUUAACUCAGAACGACAGUCUCAAGCAGCGAACAGAAAUGGAUGAACAAGAAUUCCGACACCUACUCGAUCUCUUCCCUGUUGUUCGACCUCGUGACUACCAUGCUGAGUUAGAUUCAUCGAGACAAUCAACUUCUCAUUCAGCAUCAAAUAAGGCGCUUACUGAUUGGCAAGAUGCAUGGAGUGAUGGUGAAAGAAACGGAAUGGAAAAUCAAGAAACUGAACUGCAUGAUAAGUUCUGGCAGAAGCUAAAGUUGAUUGCUGAGAGGAAGGUGGGUGCUGCAGAGGUAGACAAAUUUUGCCAGGCUUUUCAAAACGUUCACAAGAAACUUGUGUACCAGUUGAGUUUCGAUGCGGCUCAGAAGUUCUUAAACUAGUGAAACUGCUGAAGGAUAUUCCCUUCAUGGCUAGUACCCCUCAUGUAUGCUUAUUUUUUGGUUAUUCUGUUUGUUUUUUCUUUCUCCUUCAUGGAGAAGUUGAAGUACCUGUUUCGAUACAAGCUUAUAAUCAAAACCAUUCUUGUUGUCUACUUAAACAGAAUACUUAUUU